GUCAAUACCGCGAUACGAUAUGGAUGGAGUUUACAUCCGUGCAAACUGAUUAAUUUAUUAAAUAAUCUUUAAAAUCGUUAUCAAGUGUGAAACAUGAAAUAAGCAUUAAAUAUUAUAUAUUUCUACACUUUCUCAGUGAAACCUCGUCUCGAUAACAGAAUUUUCAGUGUGAAAAUUGCAAAUAUAUAUCGAACAAAAUGGAUGGAACUAUUAUCCUUAUCUUAUUAGUUUUAGUGAUGUUAAUUGGUUCCUAUGUUGCUGGAAGCAUACCUUUGAACGUGAAUAUGUCCGAGGAUAAACUCCAAAAAGUGACAGUAUUCGGUGCGGGCCUCCUGGUGGGGACGGCCCUAGCGGUCAUCAUACCUGAGGGUGUGCGUUCCUUGUUCAGUGAAAGGGCGGCACCCACGAUCGUGACGAAGGACUACACGGCCGAGCCCCCGGGACAUGACAACGAUCUGCACACAGUCAUUGGGAUAUCGCUGGUGCUAGGCUUCAUCUUCAUGUUGCUGGUGGACCAGGUGUCGACGAGGUACAACGACUCGAGCAACCCGACUGAGAAGAGUGUCACCGCCACCGUAGGCCUUGUGGUGCAUGCUGCUGCUGACGGCAUUGCCCUGGGCGCGGCCGCGACCACCUCCCACGCAGACGUGGAAAUGAUCGUGUUUCUCGCCAUAAUGCUGCACAAGGCGCCGGCCGCUUUCGGACUCGUCACAUUCCUGUUGCACGCUGGACUUGACAGGAAUCGAAUACGCAAGCACCUGUUAAUCUUCUCGACCGCCGCGCCGCUGGGAGCCUUGCUGACUUACUUCGGUAUUGGCAACGAGAGUAAACAGACUCUCAGCGAUUUUAACGCGACGGGCAUCGCUAUGCUGUUCUCAGCCGGCACUUUCCUAUACGUGGCUACUGUGCACGUUCUGCCGGAACUCACACACUCACACUCGCACACUCACACACUGCUCCCCCUGCAGGAGGGGGGAGCCCCCAAGAGGGGGUUCGGGGGCCUGCAGUUCUGCGAGAUGUUCCUGUUGACAGUCGGUGCUAUGUUGCCUGUUUUGUUGACGAUGGGACAUAAACAUUAGUGGUAUUGUAAGUGGGGAAUUUUUAUAUACAGGGUGACUUUUAAUUCAACAGCAUAAAUUUUACUGUUAAAUGUACUCAUCUAAAGGAUAUUUAAAAACGUUAAAAGAAAACUAUUGGUUCAUAUUUAAGAAAGUACGAAAAAUAAAUAAAAGUAUCAAAAUCCACGAUCCUAAAUACGUCAUAUCACCCCGGCCGGCGGAAAAGCGACGCGACCGCGUCGCGAAUGACGCGACGCGACGCGAUUCAGAGGUCAACGACACAAUUCAUUCAGCUGAGCGAUCUCGACAACUCUGUACUUUACUUGAUCUUGAUAUUAGAAGAAUAAUUUAUUUUUUAGACAUUUAUUUACAUGUUUAGUUUUAAUUUCUUUUUGUAGUAUUGGUCUUUAAUAAAGCGUGUGAAAUAGGCUCAAACGGCUAAGAAGCAUGGGUACAGUCUAUGUUUAAAAGGAUGCAGUUGUUUUAAAUGUCACCCUGUAUAUGUAUAUGUAUACAAGCUGUACCGGCAAACGUUGUUUUGUCAUAUAAAUAUUUUUUAAGUUAUUUCUAGUUAAAAAAAAAUUGUUAAGGUUGGACAACCCUUAUCACUAAGGGGUAUGAAAAAUAGAUGUUGGCCGAUUCUCAGACAUACUCAAUAUGCUCACAAAAUUUCAUGAGAAUCGGUCAAGCAGUUUCGGAAGAGUACGGGAACGAACAUUGUGAGAAUCUUAUAUUUAUAGAUUUGACCAAAAUAUAUGUACAAUCCACGAAUGUGAUGUUGAGAAUAUGCAGGUUCUAUUCGUAGGUUUCUCGCGACUGAAAGUAUAAAAUUAGCCGUGUUGAAAAAAUUAAAUUGUGGCGACAUCUCUACGCCACUCGUCACAACAUCAAAUCGCACAACAACUGUCAAUCAUCUCGAAGAAAUUGACGCGCUCAACCAAUAGCAGCGAAGUAUCUAGAACGCGAUUUCAGAGAUUUCACGGAUUGGAGCUAUAUAUACAACCUCCGACACAACAUCGUCGGAGCCGCGGUUCCCCAGGCAUAACACCUAGCCUGGCGGAAGAUCUUCCCUUUGGUGGCGGUCGAGCCGAAUCAUCGCUCCCGCUACAAAUAUUGCGCUAACAAAAAUUUAUUUGUAAUUUCAUAUAUGUAUGUACAUUGUAAAUUGUGUGUGGCAAAUCAAAUAAAUGAAUUAUUAGAGGGUUACAUCGUUUUCCUGAAUGUAAUGUUGACAUUAUGCAGGUCUAUAUAUCGAAUUCUCACCGCAGAAAGCAAAAAAUUAUCCGUGUUAAAAAAAAAUCUGUUGCAAUUUUAGUGGGUUGCUCGCAUGGCAACACUUUCGAUUUCAUUUGUCUUGUUUGGUGACAGUGUUGUCAGUUUCUGUGAAUUUGCUAAAUAUUGUGGAAAAAAUUCUUAAAAAAUUAAUUAAUACUUUUAUUUUUUGUUUUUUAUUUUUGUUUUAAACAUCACUUCAUUUACUACAAUUUAGGUUUAUUAUGCUAGGGAUUUUGUUACACAUUGCAUUGUAUUGAAACUCCUCAAUUCUACUAUAUUAUUUUGUAAACUUUACUAAAUAAUAUUUUCCCUACUUUUAAAGAAACUCAUACAUAAAAAAUACAUAAAAUCACGCCUCUUUCCCGGAGGGGUAGGCAGAGACUACCUCUUUAAAGAAACUCGUAUGAAAAAAUUUCAAAAACAUUCAUCUGAUGUUUUACAGUUAUUAUAGAAUACCUAUCAUAAAAUUAAUGUAAAAUUUCAUCAAAAUCCGAUGAAGAAAUGAACGCGAAAAAUUGAGUUUGUAUAUAAAAGAAAUGUUGUCACUUGAUAAUAUUAUAGAAAUAUAUUAUGCUCAUAGAAUGUCGACUUCGUGUCUUUAAAUAUAUUUUUCUUUUAUAGGUUUGCUAUUCUUUUUUUUAAAUUUUAAUUUUCAUCUUAGUUUUUAUUUUCAUAUAUCACGCGCAGGGAAUGACUAUUUUGUAUUAUUAAAUUAAUAAGUUUAUUUUUUAAAAGAGUUGAACUUGUCUUCCCCAAUUUGUUGGUAAUGUAACGCUUAUUUUUAUUAAUUCUCAUAAAUAAGUAAAGGCAUAAUACAUAUGAACAUAUCAUCACGUCUAUAUCCCUUGCGGGUUAGACAGAGCCAACAGUCUUGAAAAUACUGAUAGGCCACGUUCAGCUAUUAAUUAUAUAGUCACGUCUAUACGUUAGGUGUUGCGAGGCAGAACAUUGAGAUUCAAAUAGUGACAGGUUGCUAGCUCAGUGCAAAUAAAAAAACAUAUAUCAAUAAAGCCUAAUAAAGGCAUUUUAAUUCUUAUAAAGAGGCCAAGUAUGCUUUUAACCCCAAUAUGAUUAUAUUUUUCACUCAACAUAAGUUUUGUUUAUAGUAAGUAAUAUUAAGUCCUUUUUGUUUUUAUAACUGCGCCCUUCGCAUUAAAAGGAUUUCUAAAUAAAAAUAUGUGGCGACGUAUUGAGAAAUCAAUUUUUAAGUCAUUUUUUUUUUGCAAUAAGUUACUGACCUUUCGUUUAUUAUGUACAGUCAACAACAUAAUAAAAUACGCAAAACCUAAAGUUAA